GUCAGACGAAUAAUAUUCCCAUACAUGCAGUACUACUGUAGCGGCAGGAUAGACAGAUAGUUUAGUUGUACUAAAAGGAUAUGAAUGUUUAUAUCUGGAUUUUUUAUCUCACCAAUUUCUUGUUUCACUGGCCUUGGCUUGAUACAACUGAAUCAUUUUGAUGAUUUGACAUUUUUAUCUCUUGUCAUGUGAUGUUGAUGAUAGUACAAUGAUGGGUACAACGUUUAUCAAAUGCUCUAUCCGUAUUAGCUUUGACGUGCAGUUGUAGCUGUUCGGGAUAUUGCCAUAGGCUACUUAAUUAAUAUACUAAAUAUGGCCGCGUAUUACUUAAUCUUAUGGUAAGUCAAGGUAGAGAUAUUUACAAUACAAUAAAUUUUGAGAGAAGCGAAGAGGAACGGACAGAAGACGUAUUACGUAUUACUUGAAGAUUAUUGUAAGUCUAGUAAGAACAAGACGGUUGAACGAUAUAGAUUUUUCACACGAGUGCAAGGAAUAGGUGAAUCGACAGAGAAGUUCGUUACUGAGUUAAAAAUGUUAGCAACCACAUGCAAUGUCGAGCAGCUUACAGAUUCCUUGGUGCGUGACCGCAUUGUUUGUGGAAUGUGUGAUGAUAAUUUAAGAGAGAAUCUACUUAAAGUUGCAAAUUCAGAUCUAGACAAGUGUAUAGAAGCGUGUCGAGCUACAGAACUUACGAAGGAAAAAAGAACGUUUGUAGCAGAAAGGAUCGAUGUAACAUUACGAAUGGCUCCUAUUAUAAUGCAUGUUAUAAAUAGAGGCUGCAUGUGAGUUAAUGUAUGUAUUUAUAGUUCGAUCGUCGAUGAAUAAAUGCAUAUAAAGGGUUACACUUUAAACAAACGUAUUACGUAUGUAAUUGUUUUGUCACAUAUGUUGUUAUGUCGACAUCAAAAUGUUUAGCUUGCGUAGCAGUCGCUUUAUUUUGUUGAAGGUUUUGAGGAUUUUUGAAUAACAUUUAUUCAAAAAUCCUUAAAACAUUCAAUAAAAUAAAGCGCCUGCUACGCAGACUACAAAAUGUCUUCCACAGACUUCUUGAAUGUAUUUAAUUAUUCAAGGACAUGACUGCACAUGAGAGUAAAGGCCCUGUUACACGGUGCAAUUUUUCAUGCAACUUGUCUCG